AUGAAUACGAUUUCAUCAAUGCUAGUUCAAAAAUUAACCCCAAGUGUGAAUUUAAAAAGAAUAAGUUCUGGACAUUUGUUGAAACAUUUUGAAAAUGUGUGUGAGCAUAUAUUUGAUAUAUGCAAAUAUAAAAUAGUAAAAUCAGGGGGUAACAAAAAGUAUCAUAACAAGAUGAUGAAAAUAAAAAAAAAUGUGAGAGUUAGAAUAGAGUCAAGUAAAUAUAAUAGAAUAAGAGAUAAAAGUUUUGAUAAAAUAGAUAAAAAUGAAAUAUUUAAACAAGUUUAUAAAUUUAUGGACAAAUCGAUGGUUUUACUACCUGAGUUUAGUUCUCAGGAUAUGCUUCGUUUAUUAUAUGGGAUAUUAAAAAUAAAAGUAUUUGAUAAAAAUAAAAAAAGACGAAAAAAAGUAUUAAAAUAUAUAGAAUAUUAUAUAUUAGAACAGAAUAUAUUAAAAAAUAAAUGUGAUAAUGUAGAUAAUUUUUGGAAAAAUAUAAGUAUAAAUGAUAUGAUAAUGUUAUUUAAGCUUUUUGUUUUGAAUGAUUGUUAUUCUUAUAAUUUGUUAAAACUUUUAAUUGAAAAUAUUUUAAAAAAUAUAGAUCUUAUGAUACCAUCUGAUUUGGUACUUUUUUUAAAUUCAUAUCAUAUAUAUUUAAAAAAAAAAAAAAAAAUUAAUAGAUAUAAUUUAAGAGAAAUAAAAAUACAAAAUGGUUAUUUACAACAAAUAUAUAAAAAUAUUAUAAAUAAUUUAAAUUUAACAAAUAAGGAAAUAUCACAAUUUGUCUUAUUUUUAUCAAUUGAAAAAAAUUAUAUAAUAUUAAAUAAUAAAAUUGAAAUAUAUACCAAAUUAAUGGAUCAUAUAGAAAAAACAAUUUAUAUGUACUCUCCUAAACAGAUAAGAAGUUUCUUAUUAUAUUUUUUUACAAUACAUAAUAGGAUGUUGAAAAUAAAUAAAUUUAACAAUAGUGAUAAAUAUAAUACGGAUAAAUUUGUAUCUUUUAUGCAAUGUCUAUUUAAACAAUAUAACAAAAGAAGCAUAGAUAUAAAAAUAGAAGAAGAGUUACACAUUUUAAAUAUUUCCUUAAAAAAUAAUUAUUAUGAUUAUACAAGUUUAGAGAAUAUAAUAUUUAAUAUAAAAAAUAAUAUUUCCCAUUUAAGCAACAAUCAAAAUAUUAUAAAAUUUAUUAAUUUAAUUUUAAAAUUUAGAAAUGUAAAUAAGAGUCAUUUCAUACAAAAUGAUGAAAUGCAAUUUGUUAAUUAUAUGAUUAACCAAGUUAUAAUAGAUUGCACAAAUUUUAUUCAGCUUAAAUAUAAAUAUAUUCCUUGGAAAUUUAAACAUAUUUUUAUAAAACAUAAUAUUUAUGAGCUUCUUAAUGGUGGUGCCAAAAGAGGAGUUAAUCAGUUAACCUAG